AUGCUCAACGGUUACGGAGACAUUGUACCCCGAACUCAAUGUGGCCGUAUCAUAGCCAUCUUCGUUGGAGUUGUGGGCGCAACAGUAUCAUCGAUUCUGAUUGCUGUGAUAUCGCGUAAAAUUUUGUUAACGGAAGAUCAGCGAAAUGUGAACAAUUUUAUGAAUGAUUCGAAACUUACCAAAGAAUACAAGCAUGCAGCAGCACGGGUCCUUCAGCACACUUGGCAUAUCUACAAGUGCCUUACCGCAUCGCAGAGCAAGCAUGCGGAUAGCGUUCUUCGUGAUUAUCAGCGCAAAUUUUUGGGAUCCAUCCACAAGUGA